AUGUUUUGAAAUGAAAGUGCAGAUGUGAACUUGUAAAUUUUAAGAGAAUCGGGAACUACAAAACAUUCAGUUUAAUGUGAGUCACUUAUUUAACAACAUAUUGGUCAAGCGAUGGGUUUUAAUUGCUAUUUCCGUUUUAGUCUACAUCAGUCAGUAUAAAAGUGUAGUGUAAAAAAAACGAAAUUUUGAAUUAAACUUAUAAAUUUAUGUUCUUCUAUGAGUCUAGGUCACAAUAAACUGCUGUUUUACGUAUAUUGAAUGGAAAAAAGGUUUAAGUUAUAAUCAACAAUGGAGAACAACAAACAAACGAAUGGAGAAGUGGAAGACAAUUCAGAAACUGAAGACAGUGGAGACUAUCGUGAGAAUUCAGUGAACAGGCCCAGUUUGGGAUCAAUAGGAUCAGAUGGGGAUUACGAUGAUGAAUUGGGGGUGCCUGCUUCUAUUAAAGUUGUGGAUAUGGGUGAUGGGCCUGUUGCUAUUGAGAACUCAGAUGAUGAAGUUGAAGAUGAAAGAACCGAACGCAUUGGAUAUAAAACGCUGCACGAUUACAAAAAAUUUACUUCCAUAGAUAGAACUGUCUUUAUUCCAGGUGUCGAUAUAACUGUAGCAAUAACUGAUUAUGAACGAAAUUUGACGUCCCACAUGCUCAAUCCGAAUCUAUAUACGAUUUCUAUUGUCCACGGCAACUUCCAUUGGCAAAUUAAAAAAAGAUACAAACAAUUACAAUCGUUACACCAACAGUUGAUUUUGUUCAGAACUGGCUUAAAUAUACCCUUGCCGACGAAGACGCACAAGAACAAAAGGAAAUCUCUUAAAAUGACCGGGAAAAAGUCAAAAGGGAGCAAAAGAAAAAUGGCCUUACCGCGGUUUCCCAAAAAACCGGAGGUUUUAGUAACUUACGAUCGGAUAGGUAACAGAAUGAAACAAAUAGAAAGCUACUUAAACAACUUAUUGUCAAUACCAAUUUACAGGAACCACCCCGCUACCAUAGAGUUUUUGGAAGUAUCUCAUUUAUCGUUUGUUGAAGGACUGGGACUGAAAGGUAAAGAGGGGUUUGUUAAAAAGCGAACAGGAAGUACGCACCCCGGACAAACUGGGUGCAUUUUCUUCGGAUUGUGCCACUGUUUUUGUUGCGUAAGGUUGCAACACAUGUGUCACGAUAUGAUGUGUACGCGAUACGUAAAACGUUGGUUCUUCGUGAAAGAUACCUAUUUCGGAUACAUCAAUCCAGACACUGGACGAAUCAGAGCGGUCGUUUUGUUCGAUCAGGGCAUAGAAGUAGCCGCCGGAUUAUACGCUACUGGAAACAAGAACGGAUUUCUGAUUCAGACCUUGAGCAGAGAGCUCAGAUUCAAGUGUUGGACCAGGAGGAAAAAUAAAGAAUGGACGGAUCAUUUGAAAGAAAUCGCAGCUACUUCAGCUAGAGAAUUCGUUCAACCGAAUAGAUAUCACUCCUAUGCCCCAAUACGAAUCAAUGUCGUGGCUUCUUGGUUUGUGGACGGAUCAGCGUACAUGUCCUCUGUGGCGGAUGCUCUGGAAAACGCAAAAGAAGAAAUUUUUAUUACCGAUUGGUGGCUCAGUCCCGAAAUAUAUCUGAAGCGGCCAAUCAUGCACGGCGAGUAUUGGCAACUGAAGAGGAUAUUAGAAAGGAAGGCGGAUCAAGGAGUCAAAGUUUACGUACUACUUUACAAAGAAGUCGAACUGGCUUUGGGUCUAAACAGUUUCUACAGCAAAUGGAAACUGACGGAGACGACGCCCAACAUAAAAGUCCUCAGACAUCCCGAUCAUGCCAAAACCGGUAUUUUUCUUUGGGCGCAUCACGAGAAAAUGGUGGUAGUAGAUCAGACUUACGCCUUCGUCGGAGGAAUUGAUCUUUGUUACGGACGAUGGGAUGAUGACAAACACAGGUUAACAGAUUUAGGUAGCAUGACACCUUCCGUGGACGUCACAACUGUCAAGAAAAAGACAUCGACUGUACCGGGCGGUGGAACGAUCUAUCCGAUUCCAGUACCUUAUUAUAUGCAAAAACACGACGAACAACAAACCGAACCUAUCGAGAUGGAGGUGAAACCAACUUUACCUCAAUUAGAGCCAGGCGAUCAUUUGAUAAUAAAUAGCAAACCCCCAGUCAAGAUGAACACGCCUGAGCUGGAAAGAAAACAUCAUCACAGUAACGUUAUUGACAGUCUGAAACAUAAAGGGAAGGAACUAAUUCAUUUAGUUUAUACACCGCAUGAACAUGAAAUGUUACGUGAGUCCGACACCUCUUUAAAUUUGGUAAACCACGAUGUAACUGACGGCAGCAAUCCGAAAGAAAUGGUUGAGGAAUUAGAUGGAUCUGCCAAACUUUGGAUCGGUAAAGAUUAUGUGAACUUUAUAGUUAAAGAUUUUACUAACUUGGAUUCUCCGUUUGACGAUUUUAUCGACAGGAUGACUACGCCGAGGAUGCCUUGGCACGAUAUCGGAAUGUGCGUCUUCGGUGAUGCUGCUAGAGACGUAGCCAGGCAUUUUAUUCAAAGAUGGAAUGCUACGAAACUGGAAAAGGCCAAAAGCAACAACGCCUACAACUACCUACUACCGAAACAAUACGAAGGCUACAAAACGUUACCCAUAGAAUUCCCUAACAAACAACACAAAGUUUCGUGCCAGGUCCUUCGAAGCUGUAGCUGCUGGUCCGUUGGAUAUCUAGAACUCGAUAUGGUGGAACAAAGCAUCCACGAGGCGUACAUAGAUAUCAUAACGAAGGCUCAACAUUACAUUUACAUCGAGAACCAGUUUUUUAUUUCCUUGUCUCGCGAUAACGGCUCCACGAAGAAUCAAAUAGGCGAAGCGUUGUUUAAGAGGAUACUUAGAGCCCACAAAGCCAAAGAAGUUUUUCGGGUAUAUGUAAUAAUGCCAUUGUUGCCGGGAUUUGAAGGAGAAGUUGGGGCUCCGUCUGGAACCUCGCUGCACGCCAUUACCUACUGGAAUUAUGCAUCGAUAUCUCAGGGUGAUGACGCCAUUCUAAAAAGACUAGAAAAAGCCGGUAUCAAGGACCCUUCGCAAUACAUAUCUUUCUAUGGUUUAAGAACACAUUCCACGUUAAAUUCAGAACCGAUCACUGAACUAAUAUACGUACACUCGAAAUUAAUGAUAGUUGAUGAUAAAAAGGUCAUCUGCGGCUCAGCCAAUAUUAACGAUAGAUCACUGAUUGGUAAAAGAGAUUCAGAAGUGGCUGUUCUAAUAGAGGAUGAAAUCUUCGAAGACGGUGUCAUGAACGGAAAAACUUUCCCUAGCGGAAAAUUCGCAGGUAGUCUCAGGAAAUACCUUUUUAAGGAACACCUUGGUAUACUUGAGAAACAAACUAGCCAGUUUUUAAAUAUAGAUGUGACCGAUCCAGUCAUCGAUUCCUUUUAUAAAGACGUUUGGUACAAAACCGCAGAGUUGAACACCGAAUUCUACGAAAAAGUCUUCCAUUGUUUACCUACCGAUAGUGUCGAGACGUUUGCUGAUUUAACAAAGAAUCGUGAGGGAAAACCGCUGUGGGUGAAUGAGUUUUCCAGAUCUGAUAAAAUGUUGGAAAGUAUACAGGGCCACAUUGUAUUACUGCCUUUAAAUUUCCUCAAAAACGAGUACCUCCAACCGGCCGUCAGCUCUGCAGAGGGAUGGAUGCCCACGUCAUUGUGGACUUGACCAAUACCGAAAUUUUUAAUUUUUGUUUUUGUCAAAGUGACUAAAAACACUUGCCAGAUAUUUAUAUCAACUUUAAUAUUUUUGUUGUGAUUUUAAAAGUCAAAAACAUUUACUGUUAGGAAUAUUUGCCUUAAAAUGUACUAGAAUCAGUUAGAAAUUCGCUUAAGAGUCUAAUUUUUUGAGAUUUUAUAUAAAAAAAAAAUUACAUCAAUCAACGGGCUCGAUAGAGCACCAAAAAUGUUACAAGCGGAUCGGUACGCACCCGAUGAAAUGUAGUUGUAUGUAAAAAGCGACUCUGUCGUCGACUUUACAUAGUAACAAGGCAUUUAGUCAACACAUACACUACACACAACACCACACUGCAUACAGGGUUAACCACAAAAGAUCCAGAUAGGUCGUGGUGGAAUCCUUGUAUGAUACAUUACUCAAUAAAUACUCAACCUCUUUUUAUAGACAAUAAUUGUACAGAAAUUACUUUUUAUACACGUAGACCAAGAAUUGAGAAGAAUGUACUCAAUUUUUCUGUUAUGUAUUAUAAUAAUAUAUAACAGGAAUAUUUUUAGCAUUGUUUUAGUAUAUCCAAUUUUAUAAGUUUCCUGCGGAAACAUAAGAUAUUAGCCCGUUGAUAUUUUUUUAUAUAUAGCAUUUUACCAAAGUGAUACUCAUAAUUUCUUUUUUACUCAUCAUAUUAUGGUCAAUCCGUCAUUGCGAGGUAUUUUUUAAUCCGUUAGCAAUGUUUCUGGCCCCACGUUGUACCCCCAAUUUGAGGAUUGCUAUUUUUUGUUGGGUUUACCUUUUCGUAUUUAGAAAUAUAUUUACUAUAUUGAGGUUCUUUUAAUAAUUUUGUCGAUACUCGAUCAUUAAUGCCUAAUGCAUAGGACUACGUGUAGCACUACGUAAACAGAGAUUUUAGUAUUCAAUAAAAAGUAAGAACUCCGUAAUAAUCUCGUCAAUCCCCAUAAGUAGGUUGUCUACAUUUUAUUUCAUAGUAAUUUUGAAUUUUAGGGUUUUUUUCAAAUUUUUGGUGGUUAUACUGUAAGUCACCGAUAAAACUUGAUGAACAACUAAAGGAUGAAUACUUUGUUGUACUGUGAACGUAAUUCUGAUGUUCAUAUGAUUCUAAAUAGUUCUUUUUAUUGUGUCCAUAUAUUUUGUUUUUGAAAGGAAGUUUGACAUGGUUAAAAUAUGUGGUAAAACAACGUCAUCAGUUAGCAUGCCUGUGAUAUCAAUGUUCCUAUUUGGUGAUUCGAUGGACAUGGGUCUAAACCCCUAGUCAGACAAAUUUUUUGUUUUUUAAUUACUUUAUGUUUAGGCUUUCCUCUGACUAUAAACUGACUAAUGCAUCAAACCUUUUUUAUUCGAAUAUCUUCCAAAGUUCAAAUGUAUAUUUUGUAAUUUUUUUAAAAAAUUGGAAUACUUUCACUAAGAAAUUGAAACAAUUACAAAGCUUUUGAUUUAUAUACAUUUUCAUAGCCUCCCGAAUUGGGAUUACCAGCCCCCUUUCAAUACUUGUAUAGUUCAAACCAAACCCUUUUUUGUGUGUCAUAGUUUAUCAAAUUCUCUGUAACACAUAAGUUGAAGUGACAGAAAACAAGGUACGUCCUUGAUUAUACACAUUUAUUACAUUUAUUCUAGUUGUUGAUAGAUGGCGCUAUAAUCGGAAAAAAUUAUUUACCUACUUUCUAUACGACUGUAAUCUAUACAAUCUAUGCGACUAUACAAAUCAAAGAAUAGAACUUUUUAUAAAUACAAUAAACACUAUUCAUCUGUUUUUAUACCAAAUUGUAAUAAAAGUAUUAUAAACCCCCUCUGUGGCUCAGUGGUAAGAGCGCCUACCUUUGGAUCGAAAGGUCCGAAUGGUCGUGAGUUCGAAUCUCCAGGUCGAAUUCCAGGGUCAGGGAUUUUUCGUUUAUUAUAAAUUAAUAAAUGUAGUUUCUGUCGUUGUGGGAUCGGUACUCACCGGAGGGACCGCAGACGUUCGGAUACAAUUAGCGUCUCUUUGCAAAGACAAUGACGUCGACUUUGCAAAGUAACAAGACACUUACUCAACACACACAUUACACAUGACACUAGGUACCUGAUUGCAAAAAUUCACCGUACCUACCAUGCCAAUGGCCAUUACUUGUCGAGGCAUUAGAAAAAAAGUUUUAUAAUGCAAUAACCUUUUCAUAGUUGGCUGAUUACGAUUCUGACAACUGUCACAUUUAACUAAAAUCUCAUGCAAUGAUUCGCGACAUUCUUGAAAUCAUAUAUGACGUCAAAAUUGCACUGAAAGAAGGGUUUGGUUUGCGGUGUUCAGGCGGGACUCCAUGAUGCUGUUGCCUUUUUCUGACUUACUUAUGCAUAUAGAAGCUCCAUAAAGACACGGGUUCAUCUUCCAGUUGACUAGAUUCAAUGAGGUGGCAUUUGGCCUAUUCCACUGCAACCUUUGUGAUCCUCUAUCUCUAGAAUACAUUCUCGAGCAAGGGCGGAUCCAUGAUAAUGAUAUCUUUUGAAUGACAUUGAAAAGUGUGUGAAAAGUGCCUUAAAACUUACUUUUUUAACCCUAAUUUUUAAAAAGUUUACCACAGACCCCCUCAAAUCGCUGCUGGAUCCGCCUUUGGCCUGAUUUUUUUUAAAAGGUCUAAUAGCUUUGAGAGUGUACCUUCCAUGAAAACACUGCCAAUGGCUUUUCUUCGCCUAAUGCAAAAAACCUCACAUUUGCCAGACUGUCACUCUAGCACCAAAUGUGCUCUGCUGUUUCUUCCUCUAGGUGAGAGAAUCUGCACAGGUCAUCAUCUGCCAAUCCCAUCAGCUUCAACUGUCUAUUCAGCUUACAGUCAACUACCCUAAUAACACCAAACAUUCCAUGUAUGUUCCUAGAAUGUAGGUACACACAGGAUAUUGAAAACAUUCCUGGAGUGUCCUCAAAAGCACAAGAACGUCCCCUAACUGUUCCAGGAAAGUCCUCUGUCAGCAUUUUAAACAUUCCCUGAAUGUCUUAUUGGAACAUUCCAUGAAUGUCUACGAAUGUUCUUUGGACAUUCACAGUAUAUUUUUUAGACAUUGCCUGGAUAUAGUCGCUGAUGUGACAUAAUACCUCCGAUUUGUUUUUUCGUGAGUUUUGUAAGAGAGACUAAAAACUUGUUUUACAGUCACCUCCUGUUUUCAUAUGAUAUUUUUUGACAUGUUUUGUAGUAAAUUCAACUAUCUAUUUACUACAAAACAUGUCAAAAUUUACAUGUGAAAACAGGAGAUGACCCUACAAAUGGUUUUUCGUCUCAUACAAAAUUCAUGAAAAAGCAGAUAGGAGGUAUUGUCACAUCACCGAGGAUAUAGCAGAAGUAUAUGUGGCCAUACCAAAUAAUACAUCCUUGAUAAAUAUAAACAUUUUUAUUGCACAAAAUCUUGUCAUAUAUUUUUUCCAUAAUCAUCACUAGGCUGGGUGAUGAUUCAUUGUGUUGAAUUGUACAUUACAAUUACAAUCUGGUCAUAACUGACCAAUGAGCAAUUUUAAUUUAACCUAAAUUACUAUGCACUGUUCCUUAAAAUGAAGAGCUUACCCCACAGCGUCCCUUAUCUAAUCUAACAAGAUCGUGCACUAUUCUAACAUACACAGGCACACAAGCACUAUGCUCUGCUUUUCACUAUCACCUAUCACUCAAACAAGUACAAAAGGCUUUAUCCUCUUCAAUCUUCUAGUUUGCCCAGUAGUAUUGAGGGGCUGGAUUUCCUCAAUAUUCUCGUACUUAUGAAGUUGUUGCUCGUGUUGUUCCUGCCAUCUUCUUGAUGAUUAUAUCUAGGUCCCAUUCCUAGGUCCUUAUGGAGAUCACUGUUUGUCACAUACCAAGGAGCAUCUACAAUAUUUCUCAGUAUUUUGUUCUGGAAUCUUUAUAUAAUUUUUAUAUUACUUGGUCUAUCCAUAGGCCCAUAGUGGGCAUCCAUAAAUCCAUACAGGUCUUAAUAUUUGUUUAUAAAGUAAUAACUUAUUAUGCAUCGACAAUGUGGAGUUUCUUCCAAUUAGCCAAUACACUUUUUAUAUCCUUCUUUUGCCUUUCAUAGCCACAAGGCUAUACGUUUCCUUCCUGGUUUUUUUGUAGACCACUUUCAGCUGAUUCUAAAAAAAAUAAAAUGAAUGGUAAGUUUUCUAUUCUUUACAAUUAAAAAUCAAAAGAAAUAGGUACUAUUUACAGGUAAUAAUAUGCAUAAAUAAUUCGUUUCAUAAAGAAUAAAGAAAAUUUGAAAACGGAUUUUAUAAUACUUACAUAAUUGUUUAAACAAAAGAGAUCCAGCCAGAGCAAAACUAACAGACAGAACAGCAAAAAAAGCCACUAAUUUCCAUUUUCUCAAUAUUCUUUACCUAUGCGUUUUCCAAUCAGAAAUUUUUAGGUUAUCAUGAAAUGUGAUGACCACGCGACCUUACAUAGAUACACGCGCGGCAAAUUUGAAAAUGAACGCAAAUUGAAUAGUAAAUGGCCUCUCUUAAAAUAUAGGACAUUAGUAUGUUCAUAGAAUGUCUUGUGGUAACAUUCCACCAAUAAUUUAAUCAGAUGUUCACCGAAUGUUCCUUGAAUGUUCAGGACAUUCAAAUAUUAAUAGAACUCUGAUAGUACAUUCGUAGAAUCUUUUGUGUUGUAGAUGUGACCAUGUUCUUGUCUUUGCUUAUUAGGUCUGCUUUAAAUUUUGGCGAAAGGAGUCGACACACCCGACGGAAUUAUCUCCUAUAGGGUCAGGUAUAUACACUAUAAGUAUUUUUUUAUUAUUUAUUCAGAUUCAUUUUUGAAAAUACUGAUAUACGUAACAUAGUUUAUAUAACUCAUUUGUUGGUCUACCUUAAAUCCUAUACCUACAUUCUGAAAUUUUUUAUAUAUACAUACUUAAUAUAUACAUGGUCGGUCUUGACGGUCCAGUUAGCUGGGGCUCAGUCGAUCGACAAGUUUAGUGGAUUUGCGAUUUGCGGUCGCUGGUUCGAGCCUCAGCUAGGUCAUGAAAUUUAUAAAAGGCCAACGCCGUAGUAUAAAACUCAAUAGAGUCUACGGCUUGGUCUGGAAUAAACUGGCGUCUGAUCGACCUAUGGAGGAGCGGUACGGGAAGGGAUAAGGGCUUCCGGCUUGGUGAUACUCCUCCAUAGAUCCCUACCGAAGGGCGUUGACGCCUAAGAACGGUGUAUACAUACAUAUAUACAUAUUUUUAUACAAAUAUUUUAUAUUUUAAAUACAAUCAGGUCAAUUUUGGUACCAUUCACUCUUUUAUGUGACUUGGUACUCUGUUAUACAUGUUAUUAGUUGUUGUGUAAUUUAAUAUUGAAUGUAAAGUAUACUGCUACAUAGGUUGCAGGAGAAUCGGCUUUCUCCAAACACUGCCAAACAAUGGGAUAUACUCACAUCACCAAAGUUACUUCAUUAUCAGUGUUGCCAAUGUCCGGAUAAUUAUCCGAUUUUCGGAUAAUUUCAUGGACCAUCAGAUAAUUUUCGGAUUGAACAAUUUUUUGGAUAAUUUCGGAUAAUUCAAGGUAUUAUUUGUUAUGCUUUUUAUUUCAAUAAACAGAUUUCUAUUAACCUUACAACAUACAAAUACGUUUUCUCGCCAUUGCCAUUAUUUGUCAUCUUCUACAGUGAUAUGGGGGAGAGGGGAUAUGACAUACGGUUAAGUAGAUGGGCAUGGACUCGAUUCCAUUGACAAAAACGCACUAUCCAAUAUGGCGGAACAACUCUUUUGUAGUAUACUCUGUUCCAUAUAAAAUAUAUAAUUAUAAAAUUAUAUUGUAUUAUAUAAAUAUAUGAAUAAUAAUUAAUUAAUAACAUAAUAUUCCAUAAUAAAACAUAAAAACCUGCUCGUCGCCAUAUUGGAUAUGACAUUGUGUCAAGUCAAGGUCAUCGACCAAUGUACAAAUGUCAACUGUCAAUGUCAAUUAUGCCAUUUAAAUAGAAUCGGAUAAUUUCGGAUAUUUGGCUCACAACAUUCGGAUAAUUUUUAUUUUUGCAUUGGCAACACUGUUCAUUAUAGUCGAAAGUCGAUAGACAAGACUCACGUGUUGGUGAUCGCAAGGAUACAUCAAGACUUCUCUAUCGAUUUUCCAACCAAGCCAAUCCAAACCAAACUCUAUGCAGCUGUCAAAAAUCUAAUAAUGGCCGUCUCGUGCUAAAAUUUGACAUGUAUGCUUAAAAAAUAUUAGGUCAAAACGGCAAACAAGUGUAUGUUCUCAAAAAAAAUUGAUAGUGUGUAAAAAAUGUUUUAUUAUCAGCUAAGUACUUUCAACACAUAACGUGCCAUCAUCAGAGCUUCCUAAAAGGACAUUUAAGAUAAGAUUUUUUAUAAAAAGAAAAAUUGAAAAUCUUACGUCCUCUUAUAAAACCUUCAUAGAAGAGCAAUUGCUAAACGACACAAUAAAAAACAUAGAUUCUGGGCAAAAGCCACAGAUAUCGGGUAUAACAACCCCUUAAAAUGAAUAAAUUCGUGAACAGCUGAGGAGGACUGUCAUUCAUUAAAAUGAUAAAGAAGGAACCGCAAUCUUAUGCGACAUCUACAUUCGUAAAUAAUAAUUAAAAAGUAAUUAAAAUUGAAAAUGACUAAAAAGACAUGUAUUUAUGAUUAAAUGAAUUUUAAGUUAAGAUACUAAAUUUUAAAGUUAAAUUUUCAAAAAAUUAUUGUUAUUAAUAUUGAAGUGAAAUGUUAACGUGUAUAUAAGUUACUAAAAUUCUUUUAAAAACAAAACUGUUAUACUUUGACCAAAUGUGGAAGAAGGUAGAUGAAAUCAAACCUAGGAGAAAUCUCAUUUGAUAAGUUCAGAGUUCUAAAACUGUUAUUUUAUAAAUUAACAACCUUAUAUAUUUAUAAAAUAAAAGUUUUCGAACUCUGAACUUAUCAAAUGAGAUUUCUCCUAGGUUUGAUUUCAACUUCUUCCACACUUGGUCAAACUAUAACAGUUUUGGUUUUAAAAGAAUUUUAAUAACUUAUAUACAGUUGAGUCCGCGAAUCUUUACCCGUGCGUCAUCAUUUAAAGCAUACGAAAUAAGUCGGAAAUUGAAAUUUACUAAACGCAACAGCAAGUCACAACUGUACACGUUAACAUUUCACUUCAAUAUUAAUAAUAGUAAUUUUUUGAAAAUUUAACUUUAAAAUUUAGUAUCUUAACUUAAAAUUAAUUUAACCUAUACAUGGCUUUUUGGUCAUUUUCAAUUUUAAUUAAUUUUUAAUUAUUAUUUACGAAUAUAGAGGUCGCAUAAGAUUGUGGUUCCUUCUUUAUCAUAUUAAUGAAUGACAGUCCUCCUCAGCUGUUCGCGUGGGCUCAAAAUGGUUUGACUCAGCCAUGUUGUCUUUUUUAAUAUAUAAAAGAAUUUAGAUGUGAAUUUAUUCAUUUUAAGGGGUUCUUAUACCCGAUAUCUGUGGCUUUUGCCCAGUAUCCAUGUAUUUUAUUGUGUCGUUUAGCAAUAAUUACUCUUCUAUGAAGGUUUUAUAAGAGGACAUAAGUUUUUCAAUCUUUCUUUUUAUAAAAAAUCUUAUCUUAAAUGUCCUUUUAGGAAGCUCUGAUGAUGGCACGUUAUGUGUUGAAAGUACUUAGCUGAUAAUAAAACAUGUUUUACACACUAUCAAUUUUUUUGAGAACAUACACUUGUUUGCCGUUUUGACCUACUUAGAAGUGUGUACAUAGUCCAGAAAGCCACUGCGCAUCCGCUAGGAAAAAUAUUCUAAUUCGGAUUUUUUGCACAAUCUUACUCAAAAAGGACUCCUUUUAACAAAUUUGCAUGUUGCCAGGACCAAAAGGUGGUCAAAAAUUUUUUAAACGUUUUUUUUUUUUGUUUUUUUUUUCUAAAAUUAUUUUUUUUGCAUGGAAAAAAGUUUUUUAGGUUUUUUGGAUUAUUCCAAACAGAAAAGGUCUUUAGUGACUUUUCUCUAAAAAUGAUAGUUUUUGACAUAUAAGCGAUUAAAAAUUGAAAAAUUGCGAAAUCGGCCAUUUUUAACCCUCAAAAACUAUGUGAAAAACUGAAAAUUUGAAUGUUGCCAAGGCAGGUAGAUAUUCUUUAAACAUCGAUUAAUGAAACCCCGAAGAGUUUUUUGCAAUACAAUAUUCAGAACUCCUUUGUUUUUUAAUUGCUAGUCAAGCGUACGCGACACUAUUUUCCACCGACAGUAUGGUGCAAAUGAAAGGAAUAAAUUCGUUAUUUCGUAAACCGGCAACUCUAAGGAAAAAUCCCGAAACAGGUCGAUUUUUAUUUUUAAGUUAUGAUAUUGUGGCAUAUAUGGUAUACUAGUGACGUCAUCCGUCUGGGCGUGUUGACGUAAUCGAUGAUUUUUUUAAAUGAGAAUAGGUGUCGUGUGGUAGCUCAUUUGAAAGGUUCUUCAAUUCUCUAUUCAGUAAUGUAAACAUUUACAUAAUUAUUUAUACAGCGUGUCCUUCUACUUCUUUUUUUGUCAAAUAAUUUAAUUUAAUAAAAAAUUUUUGGGCACCCUGUACAAAUAAUUAUGUAAUUGUUUAUAUUACUGAAUAGAGAAUUAAAGAACCUUUCAAAUGAGCUGGCACAUGACCCCUAUUCUCAUUUAAAAAAAUCAUCGAUUACGUCAUCACGUCCAGAUGGAUGACGUCACUAGUAUACCAUAUAUGCCACAAUAUCGUAACUUAAAAAUAAAAAUCGACCUGUUUCGGGAUUUUAGUCGCCGGUUUAGGAAAUUACGAAUUUAUUCCUUUCAUUUGUACCAUACUGUCGGUGGAAAAUAGUGUCGCGCACGCUUGAUUAGCAAUUAAAAAACAAAGGAGUUUUGAAUAUUGUGUUGCAAAAAACUCUUCGGGAUUUCAUCAAUCGAUGUUUAAAGAAUAUCUACGUGCCUUGGCAACAUUCAAAUUUUCAGUUUUUCACAUAGUUUUUGAGAGUUAAAAAUGGCCGAUUUCGCAAUUUUUCAAUUUUUAAUCGCUUAUAUGUCAAAAACUAUCAUUUUUAGAGAAAAGUCACUAAAGACCUUUUCUGUUUGGAAUAAUCCAAAAAACCUAAAAAACUUUUUUCCAUGCAAAAAAAAUAAUUUUAGAAAAAAAAAACAAAAAAAAACGUUUAAAAAAUGUUUGACCACCUUUUGGUCCUGGCAACAUGCAAAUUUGUUAAAAGGAGUCCUUUUUGAGUAAGAUUGUGCAAAAAAUCCGAAUUAGAAUAUUUUUCCUAGCGGAUCCGCAGUGGCUUUCUGGACUAACAAGUCUUACAGUCUUUUCCAAUUUAAAAACAUUAGACUUUCUAGAACUAAUGUUUUUUUGAGAUCGCAGCGCCCUAGAUUGCGAAAGAGGUUACUUAUCAGACCACCAGAAAAUAGCCAGAAUGAUCACCAUAGGCACCAAAAGAAAAAGAAGAAAGAAUCAGACCAGCACAUUCGUGGAGUAUAACGCCAAGAAAAACGACCAACGACCACUAAAAGACAAUGUUACAUUUUUCUAAUGGUUGAGGCGGAUUUUAGAGAUGACACAUACUCAUGCAACCUAUGUAUCAGUAUAUAAUUGUUGCAACGUCUUAAUACUAUUUUUGCUUUUAUUUUUUUAUUUUAUUACCAAAGGAAAUCGUUGACGUCCAUAAAAUGGAUGGUUUAUGUACUCAUAGCUUGACUAUGCAAUCGUACUUCAGAAACGGUGAAACUUAUAUUAUUGUACUCAAUAUAAAAACUUAUUGUCA